ACUAAUAAUGCGUGGCGGAAGCUCGCUGGAUAGUUUUCCAGGCAAAGGAACUCUCCACACACUCGAGAUCGAAAACUUCAAAUCUUACAAGGGAAAACAUACUAUUGGACCCUUUACAAGAUUCACAGCUAUCAUUGGACCAAAUGGUUCAGGAAAAUCAAAUCUUAUGGACGCAAUUUCGUUCGUGCUCGGAGAGAAGCCAAGCAGUUUGCGUGUUAGAAAGUAUGCGGAUUUGAUUCAUGGUGCACCAAUUAACAAGCCAGUUGCUAAGAAAUGUCGUGUCACUAUGAACUACAAAUAUUCUGACGGAAAAGUCAAGGCAUUCACCAGAGGCGUCAAUAAUGGAACAUCUGAACAUCUUCUUGAUGGUCAAACUGUCACAAGUGCAGCAUAUUCACAAGAAAUGGAAAGUAUCAAUAUCUUCAUCAAGGCAAGAAACUUUCUGGUAUAUCAGGGAGCUAUCGAAAAUAUUGCCAUGAAAACUCCAAAAGAACGUACUCAACUCUUCGAGGAGCUCUCACGAUCACACGAGUUUCAAGCAGAGUAUGAAAGAUUGAAAGUUGAGAUGACAAAAGCUGAAGAUGAUACUCAACACAAUAUGAACAAGAGACGAGGAAUCGCUCAAGAGAAACGUGAGGCAAAAAUGGAGAAAGAUGAAGCUGAAAAGUAUCAAACCAUGAAGAAUGAGCUGGCUGCAAAAUCGACGAUGCUAUUUCUCCAUCAAUUGUUCCAUUGCGAACGGACGAUCGACGAAUCAAAAGAGGAGAUCAACGCUCAGAAAAAGACGAUUGCAAGUCUCGAAGCAACUAGGUCGAAAGAAGAAGCGAAAAUCGCUGCGGUUCAUCAGGAGCACCGGAAAGCUCUCCGCGAGGUUCAGAAGAUGACAAGAAAACUCGAUCAGAAAGAGACGGAUUUGGCUGAAAAGCAACAAAAUAUGCUGACAUUGAAAGUUUCCGUUGCUCACGAGCACAAGAAGCUGGAAAUUGCGAAGAAGAUGCUUGCCGCUGCAGAAAGUAAGGCAGAGAACAACUCGACUCAGCUGGCGGAUUUGAAGAAAAGCAAAAAAGAGCUAGAAAAGAAGAAGGCCGCAUAUGAAGCAGAGAUUCAGGAUAUGAUGCAAAGAGGCGAGUUAAAUCUUUCGGAUGAACAAGUACGUGAGUACGGACAGCUGAAAGAUCAAGCUCAGCGAGAAUCAGCAAUGGUUCAAAGAGAGCUAUUGAUGGCCGAACAAGUGUUCGAAGGUGAUAAGAGUUCUCUAAAUCAUGAGCUUCGACGCCAAAAGGAGCAUCAAGAAAGAGUUAAAGCGAAGGAAGGUGAUGUGCGAAGAAUUGAAACUCAAAUUGCAACUCUUGCUCAAAGAAUCAAGGAAACUGAAGAAGAGACAAAGAUCUUGAAAGCUGAUCUUAAGAAGAUUGAAAAUGACGUUGUUAUUGAUAAAUCAGCAGCAGCGGAAUACAACAAAGAGCUUGUAGCUGUCGUUCGUCAACUCUCCGAAGCUUCUGGAGAUUCUGCAGAAGGAGAAAGAAAUCAAAGAAGAACGGAGGCACUUGAAGGAUUGAAAAAGAAUUUCCCGGAGAGUGUGUAUGGUAGACUUGUCGAUCUCUGUCAACCGUCUCAUAAACGGUUCAACAUUGCCACCACAAAGAUUCUUCAGAAGCAUAUGAACAGUAUUGUUUGUGAUACUGAAGAGACUGCUGCCAAGGCAAUUGUUUAUCUGAAGGAUCACCGUUAUCCCCCAGAAACCUUCCUUCCAAAUGAUGCACUAGUUGUUAAUCCACUAAAUGAAAAACUUCGUGAAAUCAAAAAGCCAGCUGGAGUGAAGCUCGUCUUCGAUGUCAUCAAUCCUCAACAUCAAGCAGCUAGAAAAGCUCUUCAAUUCGUUUGUGGAAACGCAUUAGUUUGUGAGAGUCAAGAAGAUGCUAAGCAGCUUGCAUACGGUGGAGGAGAGCUGAAAGAUCGUUUCAAGGCAGUUUCGAUGGACGGAACUCUGUUCCAACAAUCUGGAGUUAUGUCCGGAGGUUCUGCUGAUUUGAGACAAAAGUCCAAGAAAUGGGACGAGAAAGUUGUCAAACAACUCCGAGAAAAGCGGAACCAACUGAACGAAAAAAUCGCGGAUCUUCAGAAACAUCGUCGUCGUGAACUCGAAGUGGAAAGUGUACGCUCCAAGAUUAAUGGAAAUGAGCAAAGAUUGGCAAUGAUGAAGCGAGAUCUGAAGAAUAUGCGAGAAAUGCAGUUGGAAAGACUUCAAAAUGAGCUUGAAGGCAUGACCGCGGAGAUGAAUAUGCUUCCGCCGCGAAUCUCGAAUUGUCAAGAAAAACUUGAACGCAGUGAAAGUACUUUAAAAUCUCUGCAAACGAAGAGCAAUGAAGUGGCUGAUCGAAUUUUCGCUGAUUUCUGUACUCGUGUUGGAAUCGCAUCGAUUCGUGACUAUGAGAAUCGUGAAAUGCGUAUCAAGCAAGAAAUGGAAGACAAGCUUCGAUCAUUUGACGAUGAUAUCCAAAAGUUGGCCUACGAAAUUGACUUUGUCACCGAGCAAGAUGGCAAUCGGAAAGUUGAAGUUGAAAAGGAGAAAGUUUCACAAAUCGACCGACAAUAUAAGGACAUGAAGAAAAAAGAGAAAACGGCGGCGGCCGCUUUGAAAGAGCACACGGAAUCCAUGGAGCAAGACAAGGAAGUGCUGGAAGAGAAGAAGGCCUUAUCACAUAAAUUGGAAACCGAGUGGAAUGAGGUCAAAAAAAUUGCACAAGUUGCGAUGAAAGACUUUACAAAGGCUGAAAAAGAGCUUCUUCGUCUUGAAAGUUUGCUUACUAAGAAGCAAUAUGAACGGCACUCUCUUCUUCAUUCUGUGAAGCUUGGGCAAAUUGCGUUACCACUCAAAUCAGGAAGUAUGGCUGACGUUGAAUAUGAGGAAGAUGAUGGAGAUGACACAGCUUCUCAGUCUUCUCAAUCAGCCACCGAUGGUCCAAGUGUAUCAGAGGAGCAAAUUCAACGAGAGCAACACAUCAAAAUCAACUACGACUCGUUACCGCGAGAAUAUAAAGAUGUGGAUGACGAUGAUGGUGUACGGCAAAUGUCGAAUCGACUCAAUGUGGAAAUCGAUGAACUGCAGAAAAAUGUGUCAAAAAUGAAUGCGCCGAAUUUGAAAGCCAAUCAGAGAAUGGCAGAGGUGAAAGAACGAGAAGCCGAGUCGACUGAAGAACUUGAAAAUGCUCGAAAGAAGGCGAAGAGAAUUCGGCAACAGUUCGAGAAGGUAAAAACCGAUCGCUACCGACGCUUCCAAGAUUUCUUCGAUCCUGUGGCCAACACUAUCGAUGACAUUUACAAGCAACUCUCACGAAAUACUUCUGCUCAAGCCUUCCUCGGAGCUGAUAACAUGGAAGAGCCCUAUCUGGAUGGUAUCCAGUACAAUUGUGUAGCUCCUGGAAAACGUUUCCGUCCGAUGGAUAACUUGUCUGGAGGAGAAAAGACAAUUGCCGCGUUGGCACUGCUUUUUGCAGUUCACGGACGUAAUCCUGCUCCGUUUUUCGUUCUCGACGAGAUUGAUGCUGCUUUGGAUAAUACUAAUAUUGGAAAGGUCGCUUCGUACAUCUGUGAAUCAGCUCGUGAGCAUAUGCAAAUUAUCGUCAUUUCUCUCAAAGAAGAGUUCUACAACAAAGCUGACUCACUCAUCGGAAUCUUCCCAUAUCCAGCCGCUUGUACAACAUCUGGUGUUCUCACUUUCGAUUUGACGCGCUUCAAACAAAUUGGUCUCAAUGAAAUGACUGAAAAUCCACCAACACCAUCGAUUGCAACAUAAAUUAUAUAAAUUUUUGACAACCGCGACUAUCAAAUCAUCUGUAUAAUUUCAUUAUUACUAUUCCCUUACCCCUCAUUAUUUCUUAAUUAUCAAAAACCGAUUCACUCAGUCACACAGUUCCCCGCAUUUAAAGGUCUCAAACGUUUUUCCCUCUUCUCUCUUAUACAUUACUGUUUUUAUGUUCCCAAUUGACGUUAUAUUAAUUCUACAAACUUAUUGAAUGAAACUCUCUGUAACCU